CUCUGGUCUUUGCCUCUACUUUAGUGACGUACUGUACUGACUCUGUAACGAAAAAAUAAACAGCCUUUAACAUACAGGAAAACCAUACUUCUAUUUUAACUAACUGGUCCCAUUACUUAAAAUUGCAUAUACCGGAUAACGCAGCUGUGAACGACAAUACUACCCCGUUGAGUGCUGCUUUGUUCCAGAGUUGACUUAGCAACAGUUUUGGAUACAUGACGAGAAUUUGAAAGAUGACGACAGAGACCCAAGUUAAGGACAUCAAGCCAGGUCUCAAGAAUCUCAACGUUAUUUUCAUCGUAUUAGAAACAGGACGAGUGACCAAGACAAAGGAUGGGCAUGAGGUGCGGACCUGUAAGGUUGCGGACAAGACUGGCAGCAUCAGCAUCUCUGUUUGGGAUGAGGUCGGGGGACUGAUCCAAACUGGUGACAUCAUCAGACUUACCAAGGGAUAUGCGUCGGUGUUCAAAGGCUGCCUGACUCUUUACACUGGCAGAGGUGGAGAGCUGUCCAAGAUUGGAGAGUUUUGUAUGGUGUACUCAGAAGUGCCAAACUUCAGUGAACCUAACCCAGAAUACUCUAACAUGGAUCAAAUGAAAAACAAGCCGGUACUCAGUGACCAAGGAAACAUGCUGAACAACAACAACAGCUCAUCGGUGGGCUCAGCUGGAAACGAAACUACCAAUGGGAAUGGCGUUAAUUCUCAAGGUUCCGGGAGCUUGACUAACCCUCAGCAGGGAGGGCGGGCUGGCAGUGGUGUCGGCAGCAGAGCAGCUAAUCCUGGAGCAGGAGGGGCGGCCGUUAUCAAUGGAAAGGAGACCAGACGGUCAGCCAAAAGAUGAUUGGAGCAGAGGGAAGGAAAGUCCAUCCCUCAACAGAAAUGUCAAACAAUGAGAGACUCCCACUGACGACUCUGAUUUGUUUGUUUUACACCGGUGUUCCUCAACCCCGCUCCUGGACGCCCCCCUGCCCUGUGACAGAGCAGGGAGAGAUCUAAAACAUGCAGGGCAGGGGGGCGCCCAGGAGCGGGGUUGAGGAACACUGUUUUACACGUUUCUCACAUUUCUUUUACAACAAACUGCAGUUUAUCUAUAGUGUCUUAUGUAAUUCACUUUGUUGUUGAAAUUACCAUAAUGACCAUUACAGUUUAUUUACUUCAUGAAAAGUAUCUUAACUGAUUACAUUUUUUAUAAGAAACACUCAUGAAAGAAGUUAUGUAACUAUAGUUUUUUUUUUUUUUAUGUUUUUAUAAUGUUUUUAUUUUUUUUUCUGUGUAAUGGAAAGCCAUAAUACACAGGUGCAAAAAUAAGUUUGACAGUGAGACUGUGUUUAUUCGUCUCUGUACUGAUUUGAUUGAGGUGAAAAAUAGACGAUCCACUGAGUGUAUCAUCCAUAUUGCAUGAAUCUUUUAGAAAUGACAACACUUUGUACAUCCAAAACCAAAAGUAUUUUGACAGUUGUACUUGUGUAGAAGUAGUCAAGAUUUGUAUUUGGUGCCAAAUUCCUAGCAUACUUUACAAACUUAUUGGAUGCAUUUGCAGUUUUUCAAUUAUUUUACACCCAGUGAAUGAUAAACAUGACAUUUUGGUUUGGGGGUGUGUUGGAAAAAUAAUGUUGUCACAAGGUUGAUGUAGUUAUUGGUUGCUAGAAUAUGAGACCAAAUACAAAAAGACUACUAUAACCAUCCUCACAUAAGGCUAACUUAAAUCUCAGAGAACGAUUACUUCAAAAUUCUUAAGUGCAGAACAAACAAAAUGUGAUUGUACAAAUAUUUUUGCACCUCACUAUGUUUUUCAAAGAAAGACUGGCAGGGAUGUUACCUUCCCUAUGUUUAGAAUGUGAUACUGCUUAUAAAAAGUUAUUUACAUUGUAAAUUCAUUGUUUCUAAUGUGUCUAAAAUAUAAAAAUAAUUUUAACUGA